AUGAGAAUUAUAAUUAUAUAUUUAUUUUUUAAAGUUCAAAAGAGACUAAGAGUAGAAAAAGUGCCAACAUUUGCAGAUAUUUUAAUAGCUUCUGCUACAACUUCAAACAACGUUUCCUGGCGUAAUUCAGCUACUGGUACUUGGUUUAUUCAAACAUUAUGUGAAGUAUUUAGUAAAAGAGCAAAAACUGAUGAUAUUUUAAAAAUGCUAACUUAUGUUAAAAGUGAAGUUGCUAAAAAAGAGUCAAAUUCUGGUGGAAAAUAUAAACAAGUACCAGAAACUCUAUCAACACUUUGUAAACAUUUUUUCUUCUUUCCGGGAGUAACAAAUAAAGAAAUUUAA